AUGGGUUGUGCCGGGCCCCCUUGGUCCUUGGUGACUAUGCAUUGUCCCUCGCCGCCGCUGCUCGAGGCUCUGAUGGAUGCGUACUUUGAUCGAAUGCACUGGUUCACACUUAUUUUCCACGAGCCCUCAUUCAGACUAGCAGCGACACGUGUUAUUCGCAGGAACUCGUGGCAUCGGGACGAGCUUGGCAUUGUCCUGGCCGCUUUGACGGUAUCUGCUAUAGGACUGAAGUGCGUUGCUCGCGAUUCUUCAUGGAUGGGUCAUGCGAUGCUCAGACAAGAGUCCUUAGAUGCUAUGGAGCUUCUCGAAGCGCUCGUCAAGGAGGUCCGGCUUCACCUCCUGGAUCUUCUCGAUGACUGCUCCAUCGAGACUGUACAGGUCUGCAGCCUACUGGGGACAUACUAUAUCUUCCACGCAUCUCCCACUCUGGCAUGGAGCAUCCUGGGUAUGUCGGUCCGCACUGCCUACGCUCUUAUGCUACAUUGCGAUAGCAAUGAAGAUCAGGCAAAUGGAAAGGGCUAUGAUCCCAUUGUCGCCCAGGUGCGCCGUCGAAACUGGAAUCACAUCCUGGUGGCAGAUACCUUUGCUGCCAUGAUUUACGGACGUCCAGUUUCGCUGGACGCUGCCUUUUCCUACGUCCAGCCUCUUGAUGACUUAGAUGAUCUGGCAUUGGGCCCUCGCUUGUCCAAACACCCUCUUCUGACUGCCAGCUCACCGCGUUCCAACUCCUCUCGCCCAGUUUGCCGCCAGACUUUCCAUGCCUUGAAGUACCAUCUUUACGAUAUUGUGCGAGAGGCACUGAAUCGUUUCAGGCUUCUACGUCUGCAAAGUCCCAUAUCACCGGCAGAGUUGGUUUCUUUGGUGGAAACGGUGCAGCAUGUUCGCUCUUUGUUGUAUGCUUGGAAGACAGAUUUGCCGGCCGCAUUCGACACAAACCCAAGCUCCCAGGAGGGCAUCCUUACGGAGCUUGGUAGCAUACCAGACCUAUCUCCUGAAGAGCAGAAAUCCCGGCGGCACCUGUCACUUCAAAUCAAUACCCUGAAUGUCACAUAUAACAGCGCCGUCAUCUUCAUCCAUCGACCUCUUCUAGAAUAUCGAGUGGCGGCUGACUCACGCCAGGCCUUGUCAAGCGAAACACUUCGUGUUGUCUCAGAGUCUCUGCACUUGUCUGUCAACGCAGCCCUAGAAAUGUCUCGAGUGCCGGUAUCACAUCUCGAGAACCAAUUUGCAGUGUCCUUUGUACUCAUGAAUUUCUUCACUGCCGGCGUCAUUCUUUGCAUUCCGCCUACUACGUGGCCGCUGAGUGCCAUAGCCCACGAGGCCAAGGCGGGGACAUUGCGCAUUAUUCAUGCCAGUCGAGUAUUGAAACCUGUUACUCCCAUUGCCCCUCAUACUGAGCAAUUGCUCACGGGGCUGUUGAGGCGAAGCCUGCAGCAGGAAGUAGAAAACGGUCUUCAACCAGAGCAAAGGAUGAGAAGCGAGUCGGAUCAGCGCUAUUCAGUGUUGACGGACCAGGCUAUGAGGGAUCCAGAGCAAAACCACUACCCCAUUCAAGCUGAGAGCGAAGCGCGAGAUGGAGAGGCGAAGCAAGUACUGAUACCAGAAUCGUCCAAGUUCUCACAGGCGGACCGGCAAACCCCAAUAUCGGGGGGGCGAAAUACGAAUGGCCAACGGCUCGCCAUUUCCACUCACAAAUGA